UGGAGAUACUGAGGCAUAUCUCAAUCCUGGGAAAUCUGGUAUAUAAAGUGCAAGGGUCCAGCUUUGUUAGUCUUGCAUUUCUUCUAGUGACAAAAUGAAGCUGGUUAUUCUGAGUGUGGUGUUUCUAGGAGUUUUCCUAGCCCCAGUUUUCACCAACAAUAACAUCAUUGAAAACAACCGGGGAAAUGCUGGAGGGACUUCACAUCAAUCUGUGAACAUUGAUCACAAAAGGCAGGUGGUGAACAUAGACAACAACAAUGGCUGGAAUUCUUGGAGCUCCGUCAUGGAUUACUCUACUGGUUUCAUGGCAACCCGAAUAUUGUCCAAGAAAGUCUGCUUCAUCGUCAGAAUGAAUAAACAGAUUGUGCCAGACAUAACUACUCUUCCCAAAGCCAUCCGGGAAAAGCAGAAGGACCCUCGAAAUGGACCUGCCCCAAAGGAGGUCUCCUUCACCGUUUCCCCUAAGAGAAUUACAGACCUAUCCAUCUACGGGAAGCAGGUGCAAACAUUUUGCCGGGGGAUCCCCAGCUAUCUUGCUUCUGAAGUUAAAAAGCCCAGCUUUUUCUUCGCAAGAAGUGCCUGCACCCGACUGAACAUCCUCUUCCUCUUCCACUUCUGCUACUGUCACGAAACCCUGAUUGAGUAACUGUCGUCUCAGCAAUCCUCAGCUUGUGAUACGGGUGUCUUCCAAUUUGGGAUUUUAGUUGCAUUAUUUCCUUCUCUGCUCCCAGGGCAGAAAAGUGAGAGGGUGGCCAAUUAAAAACACACAUUGAACUCACAA